AACAGCAGAGGUUGAUGCUGGGAGAGAGAGAGAGGCACAGAGAGGGAGGCUGCACACACAUCUCUCACACACACACGGUCGUUCCUUCUGAGACCAAACACACACACACACACUCGCUCGCACACAGACACACACUAUGAUCUCUCUUCCACACACUCAGCGUUUUAUUAUACACUUCUGAUUUGGAUUUUGCAUGUACAUUUUGAAUUGGUUAGAUUUUUUGCAUGUUUUCAUACAUUAGUACAAUACACACAUUUGCCAAUAUGUGCCUUGUUCCUGUUGUCGUGCUGUUGGCAUUUCUGGGUUUCAGUUCCUGCGUCCAGUUUCAGGCCAACCUAAACAUGGGGGGAGUCACGGGGUGGGUGCGGUUUGACUCCACUAAUCAGACAGCGACCGUAAACGUCACCGGUACCGGAACCUGUGAUUCGUCGCUCAACUUUUCCCUGAGUGUGUUCCCUGUGAUGUUCGGCCAUUUUGCUCAGCCUUGCCUUGAAGCCAACGUAGGAGCGAGCAUCUUCACAUUCACCAUUGAUCCAUUCUCAUCCAACACCACUGUUAAUAUGUCUAGUCUAUUUAAGCAGAGGUCAAAUCUGGAAGACCUUUCGUUGACCUUGGAGACGUGCAACGGCACCAAAGCUUGUACAGUCAUAAGCGGUCAAACCACAGUUCAGACGUGGCAGGCCCGGUUCUUCAGCUCGGUCGCUGGCGACAUUUACAUCAGGCAGAACGUCGGACAGACCCACGCCAGGGUCCUCGCAAACUUGGCAACAAUUGGUCAGGUCGGUGCUACGGCAACCAACAUCACCAUCUUGACGUCGCAGAGUUCUGCUAGAGACUGUAAGGCUCUUCUGGAUAGUCUGGAACCUUCAUCUCUCACCCAGCUUGGGGAACUGAAAGUAGGCAGCCCUCUUACACCCGUCAAGUCUCGUUUGGACCUUGCUAGCUUCAGCUCCAACACCCGCUUUGCUCUCCUCAAACUGGGGUCUUCGAGUUAUAUGUGCGCUGAGAUCAGACAAAUGAAUAGGAAGGAGGUGAGCGCCCUGGUGAACAUGAGAGGGGUCAAGGGUUACUUCCUCUUUAGGCAGGACUCGCCGUUCGAAGUCACAAAACUGAGAGUGAAUCUGACCAAUCUGGGGAGCCGGGUCGGACCCUAUCACAUCCACCACUUCCCCACACCUCCUAUGAGGUCACCGUCGCAGACGACCUGCUCCAACGACAAUGUUGGAGGCCAUUGGAACCCGUUUGGGAUGGACACUAAAGAUCCCACCUACCCCUCUGGACCUGGGUCGACCCAUGACCGGUAUGAAGUAGGGGACCUCAGCGCCAGGCAUGGGUCACUAGAGGGUAAAGCUGUGAUGGAAGCAGUUUUCACAGACUUCAACCUCCCUCUGUUCGGACAGAACAGCAUAGUGGGUCGGUCUGUGGUAAUCCACCGUCCGGAUGGAACUAGGUUCCUGUGCACCUACAUAAGCUACCCAGGAGAGGUGCAUGUAGCCAGGGCUACAUUCCGUCACCCUGUGGUGGGUAUGGUCCAGUUCGUCCAACUCAAGAGCAACCCGUUGUCUGAUGUCACAGUCUUCAUGGAUCUGUCCUAUGGGAGACCCUCCGAGACCGCUACACGUAACCACCACUGGCACAUCCACAUGUAUCCUAUCAGCUCGGAGACAGACGCGGACAAGGGGAGGUGUGGGACCACGGGGGACCACUGGAACCCCUUCAAUGUGGACACAAAGGAUUUGAGCUACGCCCUCCACUGUGGCCCCUCCAGCCCCUUUUCCUGUGAGGUGGGGGACCUCUCCAAAAAGCACAGCACCCUCGACCUGGGGACCCGAGUGGGUGGGGCGUCGGCCAAACACUUCUUCACGGAUACCACUUCCUGGUUGUCACUUCCCGCCAGGUCGGGCUCCAUGAUUGGUCGAUCGGUGGUGAUCCACAGUGCGGAGGGUGCCGCCCCCAGGAUAGCCUGUGCUAACCUCACGGAGGUCCGGAUGCCCUCGGCGGUCUUGGGCCCCUGGCAUGGACCAGGGGUCUCUAGGGGCCAAAUCCGGUUCUCCCAGGCUUUCCCUCAGGGCCCAACUAUGAUGGACGUCUCCCUGGCUGGACUCAGCUCCAGGGCUGGGGGCUACCACGUCCACAUGCUGCCUAUCAGUACCACAGGAGAGCCCUGUUCGGACAGCAACGUCAUGGACCACUUCAACCCCUUCUCCUGGAAUGUGUCUGCUUCUCCUGCUCCGGGGUCAGGGACUGUGGAUGAGUAUGAGACCGGGGACAUCAGCGGGAAGUUCGGGAUGCUGACGGAUCAGAACCAGACACAGACUCAGUAUUUGGACGGGAAUAUGCCGAUGACAGGGCCGAACAGUAUAGUGGGGAGGUCAUUGGUGGUUCACUACACUAAUGGAUCCAGGAUGCGGUGUGCUGACGUCUUAGCUGAGAAUGCAACGGAUGGACACUGGGUGUUUGCCAAGGCUGUCUUCAAAAGCACGGUAACGGGGACAGUCACACUGUCCCAGCAGACUUUUCUGGAUGGCAGCUACAGUGACAUCACUCUGGAGGUGGACGUGCGGGCGUCACAGGUGCUAGAUGUAACAGAGGUUUCCUGGACCAUCACUGGUAAAGGCUCUGAGUUGAACCACAACCAGUGUCCCGGUGUUGGGGACACGUUUAACCCCUUCAACAUGGAAGCUGGGAACUCCAGUUGUUCCCGUGACAACGCUCUGAGUUGUGAGGUGGGAGACCUGACGACCAGACAGGGGACAGUCAGCCUGACACACAGACAGCUUUACACCGACACCAGCAUACAACUGGCUGGGGACUACACAGUGGUCCACAGGUCCCUGGUCCUGAGGAGAGGCAGCGAUGUCUUGGCAUGUGCCGUCAUUCUUCCAGAAUCCCCCUGGGCAGAGCAGACCUUCCCCAACGUCAUGUCUUUCAGCAGAUUUGACUUCCGCAGUAGGGUGGCAGAUGUCCUAGAGGUGAACAUGUCCAGGGUCACCAUCCUUCCAGGGUCUCCUCUGGCCACAGUGGACGGACCGUGCCAGAAAGUCAGCUUCCUUGUCUCAGGGGAGGUGAGUACGGACAAGAUGAACUCUAUCAAAGACAGUGAGAAGAUGGGCAUCUUCAAGCAGACACAAGGUUGCUCAAGAAGUUCUGGACAACUGCUGGAGCCUGGGAGAUAUCUGGUGAUGUUGACGAUAGCUGCAGCCUACUUCCUACACUCUCUGAUCCAGCAGUAGUUUAUACUGUAGAUCUAGGUUUGCAUCCCAAAUGGCACCCUAUUCCCCAUAUAGUGCACUACUUCUGACCAGAGACUUAAAACUAUAUAUAUGUAUAUGUAUUUCACCUUUAUUUAACCAGGUAAGCCAGUUGAGAACAAGCUCUCAUUUACAACUGCGACCUGGCCAAGUUAAAGCAAGGCAGUGCGACACAAACAACUAAACAGAGUUACGCAUGGAAUAAACAAACGUACAGUCAAUAACACAAUAGAACAAAUCUAUAUACAUUGUGUGCAAAUGAGGUAAGAUUAGGGAGGUAAGGCAAUAAAUAGGCUGUAGUGGCGAAGUAAUUACAAUUUAGCGGGUAAACUGGAGUGAUAGAUGUGCAGAAAAUGAAUGUGCAAGUAGAGAUACUGGGGUGCAAAGGAGCAAAAAAAAUAACAAUAUGGGGAUGAGGUAGUUGGAUGGGCUAUUUACAGAUGAGCUAUGUACAGGUGCAAUGAUCUGUGAGCUGCUCUGACAGCUGAUGCUUAAAGUUAGUGAGGGAGAUAUGAGUCUCCAGCUUCAGUGAUUUUUAAAAUUCAUUCUAGUCAUUGGCAGCAGAGAACUGGAAGGAAAGGCGGCCAAAGGUGGAAUUGACUUUGUUGGUGACCAGUGAAAUAUACCUGCUGGAGCGCAUGCUACAGGUGGGUGCUGCUAUGGUGACCUGUGAGCUAAGAUAAGGCGGGGCUUUACCUAGCAAAGACUUGGGCUUUGGUCAAAAGUAGUGCACUAUAUAGGGAAUAGGGUGCCAUUUGGGCAUAGCCCUAACCCUCACUUUGAAUCAACACUGGAACUGUCAAAUAUUCCUAUUUUCUAAACUGCAAUGAAGUCUAUAUUUUGAUGAUCUUUUUGUCAUUGGUCUGAAUGGUGUGGGUUUGAAUUUGCUCUUGAAGCAAGAAUUUUUUUGUUUAUUCAUUUUUUAUCCUAGAUAUAAAAAAUAUAUAUACUUUAGAUGCCAACUAAAUGCCAACUUCCUGUACUAUAUUGUAAAUAUUCCACAUUUGGGUAAAUAUGACUGAGUAUACUGUUUCAGCCCAAUAUCCAGAACAUCAAAGCAAACGUAAUAGAGCAACAAUUGUUCAUUGUCCUUCCCUGUCCAAUUACUGUAUCAAAAAUGCAAUUUGAAGGAAAGAGAUGCUGUAAAUGUUUGCAAAUGUGUCCCAUUGUAUGUAUGCAUUGUUUUCUCAUUAAUGUAUUAAACUGCCACAUUCUCAUUUAAGGUGAAUUUCGAAGUCUUGCAUAUAUGUUUUUAUUGAGUAACCAUAAAAAUAAUAUGUGAUGAUGAAAACAUAUAUUUGGAUAAAUACGAAUUAUUGAAAACGUGAAAUUUCUAUAGGCCUUUUGCUCCUAUGCAGGGACGUAGGCUACAUACUGUUUCAUACAUGUUGCUGUUUACUUGAGCCGCUGUAUUUUGAAUUAAAGGGAGGCGAGUCUCA